AUGGCCACUUCUCUAACACCCUCAUCACUACCGACUGACAUUUAUUUUGUCUGUCGUAACGGUGAUGUGGAAAGAGUUCGACAACAACUUCUAACAACGUCAUUGGAAGAAAUUAAUAAGAAACAACCAAAUGGUUCCAUGGCCCUUCAUGCUGCUACGUACUAUGGUCAUGGAGAAAUUGUUAUAUUAUUAUUAGAUAGUCGUGCUCGACGUUCACUAAAAAAUAAUUAUAAUUGUAUACCAUACGAAGAAGCACCAAAUGAAGAUGUUAAGAAAUUAUUCAUUCGUCCAUUGUCAAAUAGAUUUUUUGGUGAUGGUACAGGUCGCAUUGAGUGGGUAAAAAGUGAUGAUGAUGCAGCUGAAGUUGCAAUUGAACAACUUAACAGGGAAUUAAAUAGUGAGCAGAAGCAAAAUUAG